GUGGAGGAGCAGUUGUCCUGCUGUUCUUUGUGUCAGGACGUCCUGAAGGAUCCAGUCUCUACCAGCUGUGGACACUGGUUCUGCAGACAGUGCAUCACCUCAUACUGGGACCGGUCUGCUCCAUCAGGAGACUCCUCCUGUCCCCAGUGUGGAGAAAGAUCCAGAACAAGACCUAAACUGCAGACAGACAGUCAGACCAGCACUGUACAAACAGAAAGUGGUCUGCAGGAGGUUUUAGAUGAACAUAAGAACAGUCUGAGGAGGAGAUGUGAAUGUGUGACUGAAGGAAGUGAUGAAGCAGGAAGUGAAACCCUCCUCAACAGGAUCUACACUGAGCUCUACAUCACAGAGGGACAGAGUGAAGACGUUAAUACCCAACAUGAGGUGAGGCAGCUUGAAGCAGCUUCCAAGAUGGAGACUCUCCAUGACACUCCAAUCAGGUGUCACGAUAUCUUUAAAGUCUUACCUGACCAACAGACACACAUCAGAGUCGUUCUGACCAACGGCGCCGCUGGCGUUGGAAAAACCUUCUCAGUGCAGAAGUUCACUCUGGACUGGGCAGAGGGCUCGGAAAACCAAGAUGUCAGUCUGGUGAUUCCGCUUUCGUUCAGGGAGCUGAACUUGAUCAAAGAUGAGCAGUACAGUCUCCUCAUGCUGAUCCAUGAUUUCUAUCCAACAUUACAGAAGGUCACAGCAGAGAAGCUCGCUGUCUGGAAAAUUUUGUUCAUCUUUGACGGCCUGGAUGAAAGCAGACUUUCACUGGAUUUCAACAACAGGAACGUCGUGUCUGAUGUCACACAGAAGUCAUCAGUCAACGUGCUGUUGACAAACCUCAUCGAGGGGAAGCUGCUUCCCUCGGCUCUCGUCUGGAUAACUUCCCGACCUGCAGCAGCCAAUCAGAUCCCUCCUACAUGUGUUGACAGGGUAACAGAAGUACAAGGCUUCACUGACACCCAGAAGGAGGAGUACUUCAGGAGGAGAUUCAGUGAUGAAGAGCUGUCCAGCAGAACCAUCUCACACAUCAAGACAUCCAGGAGCCUCCACAUCAUGUGUCUCAUCCCAGUCUUCUGCUGGAUCACUGCUACAGUUCUGGAGCACAUGUUGACUACAGACCAGAGAGGCGAGCUGCCCAAGACCCUGACUGACCUGUACUCACACUUCCUGCUGGUUCAGACAAAGAGGAAGAAGCACAAGUAUGAUGAAGGACAUGAGACGAGUCCACAGGAGCUGACGAAGGCUGACAGAAAAGUUCUUCUGAAGCUGGGGAGGCUGGCAUUUGAACAACUGGAGAAAGGAAACAUCAUGUUCUACCAAGAAGACCUGAAGAAGUGUGGUCUUGAUGUCACAGAGGCCUCGGUGUUUUCAGGAGUUUGUACAGAGAUCUUCAAAAGACAGAGUGUGAUCUUCCAGAAAACAGUCUACUGCUUUGUUCAUCUGAGCGUUCAGGAGUUUCUGGCUGCAGUCUACAUGUACCACUGUUACACCAGCAGGAAGACAAAGGUACUGAAGGACUUCCUGGGAAAAGACUACAGUUACUCAUCUCUGGAUAACUUCCUGAUGAGAGCCCUGGAGAAAUCUCUCAGAAGUGAAAAUGGCCACCUGGACCUGUUUGUGCGCUUCCUUCAUGGCCUCUCUCUGGAGUCCAACCAGAGUCUCUUAGGAGGCCUGCUGGGUCAGACAGAGAACAGUCCAGAAAUCAUCCAGAGAGCCAUCAAGAACCUACUGAAUGGGACAAAGAACAGUCUACAAAUCAACCAGAGAGCCAUCAACAACCUGAAGGAGAUGAACAGUGAGUUUAUCUCUCCUGACAGAAGCAUCAACAUCUUCCACUGUCUGAUGGAGAUGAACGACCGCUCAGUGCAUCAGGAGAUCCAAGAGUUCCUGAAGUCAGAGAACAGAUCAGAGAAGAAACUCUCUGAGAUCCACUGCUCAGCUCUGGCCUACAUGCUGCAGAUGUCAGAGGAGGUUCUGGAUGAGUUGAACCUGUGGAAGUACAACACAUCAAAGGAGGGAAAACUGAGACUGAUCCCAGCUGUGAGGAACUGCAGAAAGGCUCAACUUGCUGAUUGUGGACUCUCAGAGACUCACUGUGAAGUUGUGGCUUCAGCUCUGAAGUCCAACCCCUCCCAUCUCAGAGAGCUGAAUCUGAGCUUGAACCGUCUGUCUGUCUCAGCAGUGAAGCAUCUGUCUGCUGGACUGGAGAGUCCAAACUGUAGACUGGAGACUCUGAUUUUGUGGGGCUGCAGUUUGUCAAAGAUCAGCUGUGAUUCUCUGGCCUCAGCUCUGAAGUCCAACCCCUCAUCCCAUCUGAGAGAGCUGGAUCUGAGAAGAAACUACCUGCAGAGCGAAGACGUGAAGCUGCUGUCUGACCUUGAAGAGAGUCCAGACUAUGGGAUUGAUCUCUGUCAGAGUACAAAGGAUGGAUCUCCACCCACACAGGCCCAUCUUAGCGCCAUCUCCAAGGAGUCGUACGUUGCGUCCUGA